AACCAAGCACAAUAGCCAAGAUGCAAGCCAAAUAACUACUAGAUGCACAAGCUCACAUAUGGAAUCAUAUUUACUCUUUCCUAAAUUCCAUGGCCUUAAAAUGUGCAAUUCAACUAGGCAUCUCAGAUGCCAUCCACAAAAAUGGCAACCCCAUGACUCUUAGUGAACUAGCCAAUUCACUUUGUAUCCACCCUAACAAGGCUCCUUCCCUAUACCGCGUAAUGCGUCUUCUUGUUCACUCCAACUUCUUCAUCAUGAAGAAACUACUCAAUGGAGAAGAAGUGUUUGGUCUUUCUAUAAACUCGCAACUUCUAUUGAAGGAUCACCCGCUCACUCAAGCUCCUCUUGUAGUGAACGCGCUUCAUUCUAUCAAUACCGAACCAUCACACUACAUGAGUAGUUGGCUUCGCGAUGAGGUUGAGUCUCCUUUCCAUGCUUCUCAUGGGAGGGGAUUUUGGGAACAUUGUGUUCGUGUACCGGAACUUAACCAAAAUUUUAACCAAGCUAUGACAUGUGACUCUCAAUUUGUUACUAGCUUGUUGGUUAAGAAUGAUGAGUUUAAGGGCUUAAUUGAAGGGAUUACAACUUUAGUAGAUGUUGGUGGUGGCCAUGGUGCUAUUGGUAAGGCUAUUGCUGAGGUCUUCCCUAGGGUGCAAUGUAUCGUGCUCGAUCAACCACAUGUAGUUGAAGGAUUCACCGGUAAUGGCACGAACUUGAUUUAUGUUGGCGGCGACAUGUUUAAGGCCAUUCCUCCUGCUCAAGCAGUUUUGCUCAAGUGGAUAUUACACGAUUGGAGUGAUGAUUAUUGCAUAAAGAUACUCGAAAGGUGCAAUGAGGCAAUUCCUAGCAAAAACAAAGGAGGGAAGGUGAUUAUCAUUGAUAUAGUGGUAGAGGACAAAAGUGAAAAUUACAAUAUAGCCCAUUACUCAAAGACCCAAUUUUUAUUUGACGUAAAGAUGAUGACUUUUGACAUUGGAUCAAAGGAAAGAACUGAAGAAGAAUGGAGAAAGCUCUUCAUCAAAGCUGGUUUUAGUGACUAUAAAAUAUAUCCUAUUUUAGGGGCAAGAUCUGUCAUUGAGGUUUAUCUUAAUUAAUACGUAACUUUCUAAUAAGGUUGUACUAUACGCGCACGGUGCACAAGUGUUCUGUGUUUUUUAUAUGUACUACUAACGA